GAUUUUUUCUUCCCGGUGGUGGGUUGGUGUUUUUUUUGUGUGGAAAAAUGCCGGCCGCGACCAACGCAGGUGCUAGUUCUAUUUGGUCCGUCCGUGUGAACAAAAUUUACUCACGAAAUUAAUCUCACCUUGUAGGCUUAUUCAACACCAUCAUCAUCAUCAUCGGUUCCACCCAUAAAUUUUAAUCAGGCGCAGAUUUCUGUACCCCCGAUUCCGAGUAGCCCAAUCAGGUUGUUUCAUGCAUUAACAUUAGACUAUUUUUUUAUCGUUUGUCGUCACAAAUGGUUUACCCCUUCUUACAGGGACUUAACUUUAAAAGUCGCUGGGGCAAGCAAGAGAGCUUUAGUACAGCUAGCACUCUAGAGCCUAUACAACACCUUACGCUUACACUUGGAUUCAGUGACGCGAGCUUGUUACAACAUUUGCAACACAAUAAGAUCAUAUUAUAAGUGUCAGAAGCAGGAAACCACUCGAGAGCAGCAACCAACCAACGGCCAAAGACGUACAACACCAUGAAGAACGUGGACGCCAAACUACUUCUUCUUGCCCUCCUGCUCCUUUUCUGUGUCAUCGCUGUGACGUCCCAGUGUAAAGAUGAUGUGAACCGAUGCACAGACGAUUACAACAACACUUUCCAACUAGAAAGUGACCUUGACGACUAUGAAGACUGCGUUAAAAACCUGCAAUGCUCGGAUACCGAUAACGCUCGACAGUCUGUGCUGGAUUGGAUUAACGGGAAGCGGGGAAAAA